UGGCUGCAACCAUCUAUUGAACUUUAGAUCUCAUAUCAUUUCUCUGUCAAUUUAAUUCUAUAUAAUAAUUUUAAGCUAAUGAAUUGCAAUUAAAGUUGUGUGUUGAGAUCAGUUAUUAUCAGUGAUUCAUAAUAUUUACAUCGACAAAACAUCUACACCAAAUACAUGGCACACCAAGAUGGCGGUAGACACAGCUGGGACGACGAGGAACGGUUCUAUUCGUCAGGGCGCGACAGCGACGACAGUCCAAUAUUGUCAUACAGACACGACAAGCGCCGGUACGCGCCGUACAUCGCAGAGGAGAGAACAGAAGAGAGGGGGCGCCGCUCGACGGUGACGGUGCUCGCUAAAUGCUUCCUCUUCUGUUCCACCAUGAUACUGUUCUGCGUGCUCAUGUAUAUACCUGUAUACAAUAGGGCUAACGACCAGAUCCCGAAAAGCUUAGUCGCCGGCUGGUCGGUGCACACAAAUCGCGACACGAAAAUAUACGUGCAACCAAACAACGUCACCACAAUCCACGAGCCGAAAGACAUCUGUCCAAAGUCGACGAGACACAAAAAGAACAAUUUGUUCCUACUCAUUGUAGUUAGUUCGUCCACUGUCAACUUUGACCGGCGUAUCGCCAUCAGGGAGACGUGGGGAAGCCAGGAGAAUUAUAUUAAAAUGUCGAAAAUAUUCAACGCAGUCAGAAAUAAAUAUAAACACUACAAUUAUAGUUACGAUCUGUACACGGAGACGGACAACGGCACGGCGAACGUUAGUAGGGAGAAACGUGACAUAUCCAGUUUUAGCCGGUUAUUACCAGAAUUGGCUAAGGCGCUCCAAAACAAUUUAGAGAAUAUAAAGACUGAUGAUGUACCUGAGGAGAAACGCUACGAUGAUGCGGAGAAGAGGUUCGAUGAUGAUAUAUUAACAGAGUUCGAUAUGAACAAAGAAUUGGGUGAUGUGACUGAAAAUGAUGUUGACUAUUACGCUGACGACACAAACAUCAUGAGGAUACCGCCGAACGGUUACGACGACACGCCAGAUUUGGAGAAAAUAUUGAAAAUGCUCAAACCGAAUUUCCCCAAAAACGAGGAGAGAGCGGAAACUGGCAACACCGAGGUGGACUUCAGGCUUGUUUUUCUAUUGGGGUUGCCAGCUCACGACAACGAUACCACGGUACAGAGUAAGAUAGAGGAGGAAGUUGAGAAAUACGGUGAUAUAAUACAAGAGGGAUUUAUUGAUUCAUACAAUAACUUAACUUUGAAGUCUAUUAUGAUGCUAAAGUGGAUUACAAACAAAUGCAAUGAAAGUGUCCGCUACAUUCUGAAGACGGACGACGACAUGUACAUAAAUGUGCCAAACUUGGUACUGAAUUUAAAGAAUCGGUCCAAGGAGUAUGAUGAGAAGGUGUCCAAAGGGUAUAAGGAGAAGGAGCAUCUGCUAAUUGGGGAUCUCAUAUGUGGUGCUAGACCUGUACUGGACUCUAAUAAUAAGUGGUACAGCCCCCGGUACAUGUACGGCGGCCGCGUGUACCCGCGCUACCUGUCCGGCACCGGCUACGUAUUCUCGGCCGACGCCGCGCCGCCGCUCUACGAGGCCGCGCUCCGGACCAACUAUUUCCAUUUGGAGGAUAUUUAUAUUACCGGCAUGUGCGCACUGCGCGCGCGGCCGCGGCUGGUGGCGCGCGACGACGCCGGGUUCUCGUACGCGGCGGCGCGCGGCGCGGCGUGCGCGGGCUGCGCGGGCUGCGCGCCGCAGCUGCGCCACACCGUGCACCGCGUGCCGCCCGCCGCGCUGCGCGCGCUGCAGCGCCAGCUGCUGUCGCCGCGCCUCGCCGACAGAUGCGAAAGAAUCCGCCUCACACAGAUAAAAUCUCAACAGGACCGGUCGUUUUUACUAUGCAGGUAUCUACAAAUGUUGAUUUCCAACAAGUGUUGAAAAUAUCUUAAGUUUAUUUAUUUAUUUUUUUUUUAUUAUGGUCAGCUGAGUUGCCAGCUGUCUUGCAGUCGGAUUUAUAAGUGGGAACAUUUGUCGUGUACAGGUCAUAUUUAUGGGUUUUCUACCAUUGAUAAAGCUAUUAUGCUAGGAGUUGGUAAUAUAUAGAAAUAUACAUAUAUUGGUCCAAUAACGUUUAUACUAUAAACGUUAUUGGGUAUAGAGAUUAUCCAAUAUACCUACAAUAUCUAUACGCUAUAUACAAAUAUCUGACUGACGUGUCGAUAUCGAAAUGGGCGAUUACCUUUAUCCCACUUUGAUAUUAGAACCCAAUAUAUAGAUAUCAGAACGGUACUGAUAUUAUCCACGACUAUAUUAUACUGCGAAACUGAUGAAUGGCUCAAUUUCCAUAAUGAUAUUUAAAUACCGUAGCGUCUUAGUUGGACCAUCGUAUUUUCUCAUUCUUGAAUGUUGUUGAAUGAAUUCACUCAAUCAAUUUAGUAUUUUAUUUAUUUAUUUCUAAUACAUAUUUUGAAUUUGCCAAUGCACUCACCAAAAACCAAAAAUAGAACAUAUACAUACAUAAUAUAAAUAAUCAAGGUUGGACAAUAUAUAGCAAUAUCUAUAUAUUUCAGUUACAAUAUCCAAUAUCUAUAUAUUUCAGUUACAAUAUCCAAUAUCUAUAUAUUUUAGUUACUACAUCCAAUACCUAUAUAUUUCAGUUACAAUAUCUAUAUAUUUCCCUUCCAAUAUCUAUAUAUUUUAGUUACAAUAUCCAAUACCUAUAUAUUUCAGUUACAAUAUCUAUAUAUUUCCCUUCCAAUAUCUAUAUAUUUCAGUUACAUUAUCCAAUAUCUAUAUAUUUUAGUUACAAUAUCCAAUACCUAUAUAUUUCAGUUACAAUAUCUAUAUAUUUCCCUUCCAAUAUCUAUAUAUUUCAGUUACAUUAUCCAAUAUCUAUAUAUUUUAGUUACAAUAUCCAAUACCUAUAUAUUUCAGUUACAAUAUCCAAUAUCUAUAUAUUUCAGUUACAAUAUCUAUGUAUUUUAGUUACUAUAUUUCAGUUACAGUAUCUAAAUACUAGUUCAAUAACGAAUAUGUUAAAAGUCUGUUAUCCAAAAAAUAAUAUUGGAUAACAGACUUUUAACAUAUUCGAAAAUAGAUAUCCGAACGAUAUCGAAAUGGGCGAUGACCUUUUUCCCGCCAUCAAUGUGUAGAGAAACCCAAUAUAUAGAUAUCGGAUCGGUAUACAUAUUACUCAUGCUAAAAUUAAUAUAUUAAUGAAAAAAAUAAUAAUUAAUUUUAAAUUAAACAUUAAAAAAAUGCAAUUCUACGUAAUUCGUUGCCGUCCUGCUAAACUCUGUAACAGUGAAACAAAUCCAGUUGUCAAUAAUCUGAAUCGAUUUCUUAUCAAA